GCCACUCAGAGGACUCGAACCUGGUCUCAGAGUUCCUCCUGCCCUGCACAGGUCCAGGUUCACAUCAGCGUUGGACAGAAACUUGCUGCUGCUGUGAUUUCACCUUUGAGACUUGGAUCCCGCGGUGGCUGCUGGGAAGCAAAGCGCCUCACCUUUGGGUUAAAACGUCUUUAUCUCUGCUGAAAUGUCAGCCGUCAGUUCGGACCAGACCCAGACCGGAGAGCAAAACCGAACUGGGGUCGAGCUAGAGCAGCAGGACGCCGGGAUCCUGCAGCCGCAGACCGUGUUUGUCAUCCUGGACUCGGCUGAAACCCUCAACCUGGUCCGGGUGGAGUCUGGUAUCGUCGCUGACAUCGAGGUCGACAGUUUGCUGCCGUCUGACUGCGACACAUUCUACCAGAUCAAGAGUCAGCCGAUCGGCAUCAGUACAUCAGUAGCAGCUCCCUCCUCUUCGUCAUCUUCAUCCUCACUGCCGUCAACCAUGUCCUCCAGGGUUUUGAUGCGUCAGGAUCUGAUGCGUCAGCAGGCUCGGGAGGAGGAGCAGAAGGAGGCGCAGCAGCAGCUCCUUCGCUCGGCCGACUUGUCCUCCCCCAUCUCUGUCUCUUUGUCCUCCUCCUGCAGACCUCCUGCUCAGGUCCCUGUGGAGGUGCUGAAGGUGCAGACUCACCUGGAGAACCCGACCAGGUAUCACAUCCAGCAGGCUCAAAGGCAGCAGGUGCGUCAGUAUCUCUCCACUACGCAGACCGCCAUCACCACCAAGACAACCAAUGAGAAGCCAGCUGGACCGUCACCAGGCCACUCCCCCUACCUGGGCUCUGCCCCCAAACUACAGCCUGCAGACAACAGCAACAAAAUACAGCUGGAAGAGACAGUCAUUGAUGACAUCAUCAGCCUGGAAUCGAGUCUAAAUGACGAGUUGGUGACGCUGAUCGACUCUGGACUGCAGUUCGCCAACACGCCGGUCAGAGAUGCUGGGACAUGCAGAGGGUUAGACAAGCUGAAGGUCGUUUAUGAGCAGCAGAGAGAGAGCGAGCUGCCGGUGUCGGGGAACAUGCUGGACGUGUACGGUGGCAGCGGAGGGAUGGCCACGCCCACCAUCAACGUUAGCAACAGUUGCCCCGCUGACCUGCACGCCGUCAAGACGGAGCUGAGCGGUGGGUGUCUCUCAGACUUCUACACUCAUGUGGAGGCCAAAGCUCUGAUCAAAGACAGACAAAAGAAAGACAACCACAAUCUCAUUGAGAGGAGGAGAAGAUUCAACAUCAACGACCGGAUCAAAGAACUCGGAGACCUCAUCCCCAAAUCCACCGACCCGGAGACAAGGUGGAACAAAGGAACCAUCCUGAAGGCGUCGGUGGAUUACAUUCGCAAACUGCAGAAAGAGCAACAGAGAGCCCGAGAGAUGGAGGAGAGACAAAGGAGGCUGGAGAACACCAACCACUCACUGCUGCUACGCAUACAGGAGUUGGAGCUGCAGGCUCGCCUCCACGCCUUCUCGUCCUCCUCCUCUUCACCCCUCCCCACCACCACCUCCUCCUCCUCCUCCCUGGACCCCCAGACUCUGCUCUCCCCCCAGCUGCCAAACCUCUUCUCCUCCUCCUCCCCUUCCUCCUCACUGAUGACACCCUCCCUGGGUCUGGACGCCCUGAGCUUCGUGGAGCUGGAAGACCCACAGGGGGCCGCCACCGUCUUCUCCCCCGACCUGAUGUCCGACGUGGGGCUGACGGAGCUCCACGGCCUGGGAGACAUCCUGAUGGAGGAGGGGGGAGGCGGGGUGAUGUCCGACCCACUGCUGUCCUGCGGCGCCUCGAAGACCAGCAGCAGGAGGAGCAGCUUCAGCAUGGACGAGGACCUCUGAUGACAUCACCGCACACACACACGGAUCCUAUUGGCCCAGAGCUGGAGGCAGGCCGCCGCCCAGCCGGGAGCGUUUUUACUUACUAAACUAUUUUUAAUCAGUGACAUCAUCAAAACGCACACAAAGGUGACGUCACAGGGAACAGCGAUAUCCUCCAGAGUAACCAAUCGGUUGAGUUCGGCGCCAUCUCAUCUCCGUAAUCACGAGCACAGAAACGCCAGACUGAGCAGACCGGAAGCUGAUUGGCUGAUGAAGAACAAACAGCUGACUGAGCUCCAGGUGUCUGCAGGUGAUCAAUAACUCUGCAUCUGUUCAGCCAAAUGUUUGAACGCGACUCGCUCCUCAGCCGUUUUCAGUCAGCUGUUGUCGUUGUUAUUAGCCAAUCAGUGACUUUCAGCAGCUGUAUGCUCAACUGUGAUUGAUCCUCAUCCCCGGCCCCACCCUCUCGUCUACGUAUGGUCACUUCUGGCUCCAGAAAACCAAGAUGGCGACGGCCAAAAUGCCAAACUCGAGGCUUCAGAACGGUAGAAGCGGCUGCGUCCUCACCUGUGACUCUGCCGGCCAACUAAACAUUUCAUUUAAGAGAUUUUACCGACAAAAAAUUAUGAAAAACUGAAAUGAAUGUGCAGAAGAAGCCUCGGCUGCUGAUCUGUUCACACCUGUACAUAAAUCUGUAAUCGCUGUGCUGGAGAUGUUUUACUGGAAGAGAUCUGAUCAGGUUCUUUUAUUGUUUUCUGUUGGUUGUUUGAGACUCAGAGGAAACGGAAGGGAAACGACCAAAUUUACAUUUGAUGCUUUGUUUGAUUGUGUGUCCUGUCAAACUCUAAUGCUGUGUCUCCCUUCAGAUAUUUCCAAUGUGCGUGGGUUUUUGAGGUGGCGUACAUGAACACAGCUGUUGUGCACUUACUGGAAAUAACGAUGGCAACAUUUGACCACUUCUUCUUCUUAAAUAACUGGAUGGAUCAUCACCGCCAAAUUAACUAAUAAGCAAACUGAUGGCUUCUAUCCAACAACAUACUUAUGGCUGCGCCACGGCUGCCAGAGCAAAUCGCUGCCAUUGUAGUCAGUGCUUGUGCUCACACCUUGAAGCACCGCAGCGUGUCCCAGAAGCGGCGCUGCGCAGAGAAUAGGCAGCCGGACAAGCAGCACAGAGCAGAUGAGCCGGGCAGGAAGUCAGACACAGAAACGAGAGAAGAGAAUCCGGUCGAUUUUCAAAAUAAAAUACCUUGUACAGACUCCUGAUCAACAAUAAACCCAGUUAAAACCACGGUAGAAGCACAGAAAUCAAGGACAACUUACCAAAAUUCAAUCUAAACAAUUCAGCAAAAUCAGGCUGGCAAAACGCUCUUAUUCUGAAAUUCUCCAUGUGGGAAAUUCAGCCCUGCAGGGAACUGGGGGGAAACAGUUCACAGAGCGCUGUGAUCGGUUGUAGAACACACAGAAUGACAAAGAAACAGCAAGUCAACAACGUUGGGCAGGCUGAAUGCUCCGCUUCUGAAACGCUUCUGAAACGCAUCCAGUGUGAGUUGACGCCGUGCUAAGGACGGGUCAAAACCGUGGCGCAGCUGUAACACUGCGGACACGCCGGGGUAAGUCCGGGGUAACAUUUACAUGGUGCGGUUUUAACCGGAGUGACCCCUGCAGCUUCCAUCCCCUUCUGCCAAGAAGUGAAGAUGGCAACUUUUGCGAGCGAGAAGCGUCCAGCGUUCCUCAGCUUUUAGACGGCCAGCAGGGGGCGACUCCACCGGCUGCAGGAAGAAGUGUGAUUGUGUAGAAGUCUAUGAGAAAUUUUCUACUUCUCAACUGAUUUAUUCCCUCAGUGAACACUUUCCUGACCAGGAAGCAG